UUAAAACCCGAACUUCACAGACAAUAUCACAUAAUAUUUACAUUGCUUGUGAUCUAAAUUCGCAAUGGCAAUUUGACGAACAAGGUUCGAACUCGAAGAUGGACAUGAUGGACGUGGAUGAAACUUCUGCACCCAGAGAGGGCAAGCCCGUUUUGGUGAUCCUGGUAGGAGCACCCGGGAGUGGUAAAUCCACCUUCGGCGAAGAUGUAAUGCGUUCAUCUACUCGCCACUGGGUUCGCGUUUGCCAGGACACUAUUGGAAAUGGCAAAGCAGGAACUAAAGCUCAGUGCCUAAGCAGUGCAACUAGUGCAUUGAAGGAUGGAAAGAGUGUAUUUAUUGACAGGUGCAAUCUUGACAGAGAACAGCGGUCAGAAUUCAUAAAGCUUGGUGGUGGACUCCAAAUAGAUGUCCAUGCAGUUGUACUUGAUCUUCCUGCGAAGCUUUGUAUUUCUCGAUCAGUCAAUCGAACUGGGCAUGAAGGAAAUUUGCAGGGUGGAAGAGCAGCUGCAGUUGUGAAUAGAAUGCUUCAACAUAAAGAGCUUCCCAAAUUAAGUGAAGGCUUUAACCGGAUAACAUUUUGUCAGAAUGAGAAUGAUGUAAAAAAUGCGAUUAAUUUAUACAGCUCACUUGGGCCACUGGAUAAUCUUCCGCAUGGCUGCUUUGGCCAGAAGAAUACAGAUUCGAAAAUUCAAGUUGGCAUAAUGAAGUUCCUAAAAAGAGCAGAGGUCCCACUUGCUGCUGCAUCUACAACGAGUGGCACUGAAGAGCCUACUUCCCAGACUCCGAGAAAUAAUUCGUACUGCAAAGAUAAGGAAGCACUUUCCUCAAUUUCAGAUACUGACAACUUAGAGACAAAGGAAGUAGAAAGGCAAGAAGUUGGUUCUGCUGGUUCGCAUGCCAAUCCAGUUUGUCCGGAUGAUAUUCCAACUCUGGCAUUUCCCUCUAUUUCAACAUCUGAUUUCCAAUUCAAUCUUGAGAAGGCAGCUGAUAUUAUCGUUGAGAAGGUUGCAGAGUUCUUAAAUAAGUUUAGGAAUGCCAGACUUGUUCUUGUUGACUUAUCUCAUAAGUCAAAGAUUUUGUCCUUAGUUAAAGCCAGAAUUGCAGAAAAAAACAUGGACACCCAAAAGUUUUUUACCCAUGUUGGGGACAUUACUCAUCUUUAUUCCAGGGGAGGUUUGCGAUGCAAUGCCAUUGCUAAUGCUGCCAACUGGAGGUUGAAACCUGGAGGUGGAGGUGUUAAUGCAGCAAUUUUUAAUGCUGCAGGUCCAGAACUGGAGUCUGCAACAAAAGAUAAAGUAAAAUCUCUUUCACCUGGGAAUGCUGCUGUUGUCCCUCUGCCUUCAUCUUCUCCUUUGUUCACCAGAGAGGGUGUAACCCAUGUAAUACAUGUUCUUGGACCUAAUAUGAACCCACAAAGACCAAAUUAUCUAAAUAAUGAUUAUAAUAAAGGCUGCAAAAUUCUGCAAGAUGCUUAUACUUCACUCUUUGAUGGUUUUGCGUCUAUUGUGCGGAACCACCCAGGGAUACCAGAGGGAAAAGGUGAAAAGCUUGAAAGGAAAUCAUUGGAGUUGCCGGUUCAGUCUGAUUGUUCUUCCAGAAAAUAUUUUACAGGUACUGAUCAAAAGAGUAAGAGAAGUGAUGAUCAUGGAUCAGAGAAAAGCAAGAAAUGCAAGGGAACUCAGGAUGACUUAGGAUUGCCCUUUACUGAUUCUAAGGGUGAAAAGGUAGAUUCAGAGCAUAGAAGAAUAGAGAGGAGCAGGAGUAAGGCUUGGGGAUCAUGGGCUCAAGCUCUUCACCAAAUAGCUAUGCAUCCUGAAAAGCAUAAGGGUGAUUUGCUUGAAAUUUCCGAUGAUGUUGUUGUAUUGAAUGAUAUCUAUCCAAAGGCGCAGAAGCAUGUUCUGGUGUUGGCACGAACUGGGGGUCUUGACUGCCUCGCUGAUGUCCAAAAGGAGCACCUUCAGUUAUUGAACAUGAUGCACGAUGUGGGUUUAAAGUGGGCUGAGAAGUUCUUAAGCGAGAAUGCUUCUCUGGUAUUUCGACUUGGGUAUCACUCGGCACCAUCGAUGCGACAACUACAUUUACAUGUUAUUAGCCAGGACUUUGAAUCAACACAAUUAAAGAAUAAGAAGCACUGGAACUCAUUUAACACUGCUUUCUUUCGUGACUCGGUUGAUGUAAUGGAUGAGGUCUCUAGUGAUGGGAAGGCAACGUUGAAAGAUGAUGACAAGCUACUCUCUAUGGAGUUGAGGUGCCACAGAUGUAGAAGUGCACAUCCAAACAUACCCCGGUUAAAAUCUCAUAUAAGAAGCUGCCAAUCCCCAUUUCCUGCAUACCUACUUCAGAAUGGACGUUUAGUGCAUGCUCCGGGGGAACCUCGCAACAGUGUACAGUAGUACUAGUUUCUCUGCCUCCAAUGCUUUCAAGCAACACUAGUUUUGAUGCUGUCUUUUGAGUACACGAGAUAAAACCAUUAAUGUGUAGUGAAAGAUUGACGUAUUUUUGCAAUCUAGAGCAAGGAAAAGAAAAGAGUUUCUUUUCAGCUUACCUUGCA